AUGGGUUGGCUAUGGUCUUCAACACCCUCCAAGGAGGAUAAAAUAUCGAUGUCAGUUGAGAACAGCACACCUCCUACCACAUCGGCGACCUCAACGCCCCCACCAUCUACACCCUCACCCUCCUCCAACUCAGACGUCGACCCAGAAAUCCAAAAAUUCCUCGACCUCUUCGAGUCCGAAAAGAACAAGCAUACACCCACACAAGAUGAGCAACAACAAUCCUCCUCCACGUUAUCAUGGCUCUCCAUGAAGAAGUCACCCCGCUCCACCGCUCCCACACCCUCUGAUAUUCCUCCCCGCGACCCUCUCGCCGAAGCCCUCCUACCAACGGACAUGUCCUGCCGACAGGCCUUUGAUCAAGCAUGGAGCUGUAACGGAAUGGGCGGCCAGUUUACCGCCGUGUACCGCUACGGAGAGAUGCGCUCGUGCAGUGAGCACUGGGACGACUUCUGGUUCUGCAUGCGAGUAAAGGGUUACUCUGGUGAGCAACGCGAGAGGGCAAUCCGAGAGCACUACCGUGCGAAGGAGUUUACAAAGUAUGGACCGGGGAAGCCGAGUAGUGAGGACGUCUGGGAGAGUAGAGGGGAGAAAGUACCAGAAGGGUCAUUUUUUAAUCAGUCCAUUGAUGGAUAA